GCUCGCUCGAGACUGGAAACAGGCCUUUGAAACGCACCCUCUAAGAAAUUCCAAGUCUUCCAAUAUCACUGUAAGAUCCCUAUUAAUCUGAAGCUCAUGUUUAAUCCCCAACGCCUCAAACCACUUCUUCUAUGCCUGAAGGGUAUUCUCAGAACGUCACCAACCUCGCGAUGCUUUCGUCUCUUACAACACUACCCUUCACUCACAUUCUCUCUCAAAUACCGCACAAGCGCUUCUCCAGAUGAGCGCUUGUUUACUGUAUCAUACCUCAUUAACAGGUUAGGGUUUUCCCAAGAAGCUGCUUUAGAUGCUUCCAAGAAAGUUCGAUUUGACACCUCGCGAAAGCCAGAUUCAGUUGUCAUCUUCUUUGAAAGCCACGGCUUCACUAAGUCAAUGAUAAAAGAUGUCAUUAGAAGGGAUCCGUGGCUUCUUGUGUGCGAUCCCCAAAAUAAUAUUCUGCCGAAGUUUGAAUUUUUCCUCUCAAAAGGUGCUACUACCUCCGACCUUAACUCCAUGGUGCUAAGGACACCUAGAUUCUUGAUGAGAAGCUUAGAGAAUCACAUAAUCCCAUCAUAUGAGAUGUUAACAGGGUUUCUUCAAAAUGAUAAAACCACCAUUUCAUGUAUAAAAGGCUAUCCAGAUGUGCUUUAUGACACUCGAGUGAUACAAUGUAUUAACUUGUUGCUUAAUAAUGGAGUGUCAAGAACAAACGUUGCUCUCAUACUCAGAAGGAGGCCUCGUGUGCUGCACUGCCCUGAUCUCCUUACAAAGGCGAUAGAGGAAGUUAAAUGUUUGGGAUUUAAUCCUCUGAACAUAGCAUUUAGUGUUGCAUUGGUAGCCAAAACGACUUUAAGUAGGUCCCGCUGGGAAGCAAAAGUUGAUGUCUACAAGAGAUGGGGAUGGUCAGAAGAAGAAUGGUCAGAAGCAUUUAGGAAGCAGCCGCAUUGUAUGUUAGCAUCCGAGGAUAAAAUUGAUGCAGUUAUGAGUUUUUGGAGUAACCAUUUGGGUUGGAAUCCUUUGCUUCUUGUCAAAAGACCACAUAUGUUUGGAUAUAGCUUGAAGAGAAGGAUUAUCCCGAGGGCUUCCGUUUUACAUUAUCUGAAGUCCAAAGGGUUGAUAAAAAAGGAUGCUAACUUGGUUACGCCAUUUACUAUAUCUGAAGAGCAGUUCUUGGAAAGAUUUGUGAAACAUUUUGACGAGCAUAAUCAUCAUCUAUCGAAGCUAUAUAGAGAAAAUUUGAAGAAUGAUGGGAUUCAUUUUCAUGAAAUUUUGAAAUUUUAAACUUCUGGUCAUUUUAAUUGCUGUGCAAAGCUUCAAAUAUUUCUUAGGCCAUGAUGGCUCAGCUCUAACUUCGUCUUCUAAUCAGGCUGAGCUUUCAGAUGG